GCAGUGCCCAGAGACAGGGCUGACCAGCCAGGUGUGAGGACAGAGCUGUGCCUGGGCUCUGUGAGUCCUGACACCACACCCCAAUCAUGGACGGGCAGCACUCUGAAAGGCCACGCAGCCGCAACACAGCUGAUAGAGUGCCAUCAGCCACAUCCCUCAAUCCCAGGAUCUCCUCCUCUGUCUCCAUGUCCAUGUUGGAGCCAUCACACAUGAAGGCCCCUCAGGACUCUGCCUGCAGGAACCAACAGGCUCAUCCCUCCGGUGUCCUGCCCCACAAGUCUAUGAGCAGUCAGGCUGCACUUAUGUUCAAGGACCGCAAGAUGUUCAUGGAGGAAGCCUACAAUUCGGCCAUCUGCUUCAAGAUGCUCCGGGACAUAGGCAGCUCAGAACUUCCCUACCUGCAGUUUGUCAUCAAGAGGGUCAGGAAUAUGGCUCAGAGGUCCCCCAGCUUGGUGAUGGAAACCAUCCGUGACUACUUCACAGAUAACCCACAGAUCUCCAGCCGGCACAAGUUCCGGCUCUUCCAGGUCCUAGAGAAUGUCAUCAAAGCCAGUGACUGCCUGGAGGAUCCCUGGAGGAGAAGCUUCAUACAACUGGCCCUGGAUAAUAUGACCAAAUCCACGGAGCUGGAAGACACAUACCAGGAUGCAGCCAGCAAUGUGCUGGUGGCCAUCUGCAGGCACUCUUGGCAGACAGUAGCCCAGCACCUGGAGACGGAGCUCCUGACUGGCACCUUCCCACACCGCAGCCUCUUCUAUGUGAUGGGCAUUCUGUCCUCCCAUGAGGAGCUUCUCAACCAGGAAGACAGGGUGCACUGGGAGGAACUGCUGGCCCAGAUAAUUGUCAAGUCAGUCAAGUUCCUGGACAUGGACCUGUGGUCCAAGGAGCUGCUGGAGGCCCUCACCAAGCCCAGCCAGACCCAGCAGGAGCAUCCCCCAGAGAAGGCUUUCCUGUUCACCUACUAUGGGCUGAUCCUACAAGCAGCAGAGAAUAGCACCACGGUCAGGACACACCUGCAAGCCCUCCUGGAAACAUCCCACCAAUGGCCCAAACAGAGGGAGGGAAUUGCGCUCACUGUGGGGCUGGCUGCAACCCAACACUUGGAUGAUGUCUGGGCCAUACUGGAUCAGUUUGGCCGGAGCCGGCCCGUCAAGUGGACUCUCCAAAGCCCCACCCCAAAGAGCCAGAGCUUCGAGGACCUGCAAUGGAAAUGGGCUAGCAGCACCAUCCUACUAGCCUACGGUCAGAUGGCUGCCAGGGCCAAGACCCACAUCCUUCCAUGGGUGGACAACAUCUUGUCUAGGAUGAUCUUCUACUUCCGCUACAGCUCAUGGGAUGAGACCCUCAAGCAGAGCUUCCUCUCAGCUAUCCUGAUGCUGGUGGGGGCUAUCAGCAGAAGCGAGGGCGCCCACAGCUAUGAGUUCUCCCAGACCUCCCAGCUCCUCGAGUGUCUGAUGGUUCUAAUGGAGAAGGAGCCCCCAGGCGCAUUGUGCACCACCAGCCGCCAGCAGGUCAUCCACAUCGCCUCCAAGCUCUGUGAACUGAGGCCACCUAUAGACAAAGACAGGAAGUCACGACUCCUGUCUACCUGCUUUCGCAGUGUGUUUGCCUUGCCCCUGAUGGACACCCUGGAGAGGCACACCUGCCUCUUUCUGGAGCCACCCAAUAUACAGACCCUGUACAGCCAGACACUGGAGGCGCUGGACCACAUGCUACAGAGCUUCAUCAUGCAGAGCCCCACAGCCAGCGAAAUGAAAUUCCUGCUGAUGCACCUGUAUCCCUGGCUGGCGUCCGAGAAGGUGCACGAGCGGCAGCGCGCUGCACACAGCUGCAUGAUCCUGCUCAGGUUCUUGAACCACCGAUGUUUCCUGGAUCCAAAGGAAGACUUCAGACCGAUGGGCCAACUGAUAGGCAUGCUGGGAAUUCUGUGCAAGGACCCAGACAGUGUGACCCAGCACUUCAGCCUGGAAGGGGUAGGCCAGCUCUACCAGUUCCUGAUGCACCAGAAAGCAGAAGCAGCUCUGCAGGAAGAAUCACACAUCCCCAAGGAGCUCUCCCAGCCUGGUGCAAAUGAAGCCUCCCCAUGGAGCACUGGAGACCAAAGGACCGCAUCCUCAUUGCCUCAGAAGGUGAUGUCCCCAGAGGACACUAUAUUCCAUCAGGACAGCUCCAGAGCCAUCAAGGAGAUCAUGAAGUACCUCACAGCAACAGAGCUGACCGACCUCGUCUGGACGGUCAUUGAAGGCCUGGGCUCCACCAGUGCCUUCCACAUGCAGGCAGCUGCUGAGCUGCUCCUCGCUGUCAUUUGGGAGCAUGGGGCCAAGCUGGAGACCACAAAGGUUGCCAACAUGGGCCGGGCCAUCCACCGCCACCUCUGCUCUGUCCACGUCCCCAAGGCCAAAAAGAAUGUCCUCCAAGCCAUCACCCUGCUGGCACGGGACCACACCUCUGAGUUGGUGGCUGCCUUCCUAGACUUCUCUAUGCCCUUGGACAGCCACGCCCUAUGCCUCUGGAAGGCCCUGGGGGCUGAAAAGUCUAUCAGCCGCUUGGUGCUGGCUGUGCUGCUGGCCUGGCUGAAGGAGCGUCCCUUGUCCACCAGAGCCGGCAAUGGCAAUGCCCAUCCCAAGGAGAAGACCUACCUGUACUCGCUGGCUGCCAUGAACACGCUGCAUGAGCUGCAGUUCAUGCAAGAGUUCAAGAAGGUCAUGCAGGAGGCCUACCCCCAGCUCCUUCUGGCCCUCCUCACUCAGAUACACUACGUCCUGGAGCUGAACCUGCCCAAAGCCAAGUCCCUACCAGGGCAGCAGGCCCAGGAGGCAGCCCUGCCCAGCCCCCAGAGCACAUCACUGGAGGCUCUGAAGAGCCUGCUGUUCACCACAGGGCACUGGCAUGACUUCGCCCACCUGGAGCUGCAGGGUGCCUGGGAGCGCUUCUCCUCCAUCAUCACCUACCCACAGGGUGUGGUCCUGCUCGCCAGGGCCAUGGUGAAGAACCACUGCAGGAAGGUUAAGGCCAUGCUUGGCCAGCUGCUGCCCAGCCUGCAGAGCCAAGAGGAGAGGGAAAGGAAGGUAGCCAUCCUCAUCUUCAACGAGUUCCUCUACAGCCCUGCCCUGCUGGAGGUCCUUCCUACCCAGGCUGCCAGGACGGUGCUGGCGAAAGUUCUCUGUGACCCCAGCCCAGAAGUGCGUGUGUCCAGCCUGCAGGCUCUCGGAAACAUCCUCUUCCACCCAGAGAAGGAAAGCCUGCUCCGUGCGCAGCUGCCGCACUUCCUUGAAGGCUUCUUCCAGAAGAGUGAGCCGGUGGUCGUGGGCAUCAUGAACACCAUGUCAGAAGUGCUGCACCAACUGGGCAUGCAGGGCGCAGGCGCCCAGAGCCUCAAUGUCGCCAUCAAUGUCCACAUUUUCUUCGAUGACGAACGGGACCAGAUCCGAGCAGCAGCCAUGGCACUAUUCGGGGACCUGGUGGACACGAUGGCAGGUGGGAAGCUCAGCGACCUUCAAACCCAGGUGCACCAGAGCAUGGUGCCCCUGCUCCUGCACCUGAAGGACCAAUGCCCAGCUGUCGUCACACAGGCCAAAUUUGCCUUCUAUCGCUGUGCCGUCCUGCUACGCUGGCAGCAGCGGCACAUCCUCUUCUGCACCCUGGCCUGGGAGCACAGCCUCAGUGCCCGCCACUUCCUCUGGACCUGCCUGAUGACCCGCAGCCAGGAAGAGUUCAGCAUCCACCUGGCACAGGCCCUCAAGUACCUGCACAGCUGCCACCACAUGAUGACCUGGGCAAUACUCUUCAUAGGUUACACCAUCUGCUACUUCCCCCAGGCCAUGUCCCAGAUGCUGAGCAACAGGGACAUGGACCUGCUACUCCAUGCUUUUGAAGAUCUCAAAAAAGACCCAGCGCCCAGCAUCCAGGAAUUUGCCACCAGGCAGCUCUUAUUCUUUCAGAAGGUGUCACCCAGAUCCCAGAAGUGACUUCCGGCUGUCUUCCCAGCCUCUCUUCCUGCCCCCACCACCCCUCCCUCUAACGCCCACCUGGCACACAAAGCUUCAUUGCAUAACUUUUCCACUUGAAAGAAAGGUCUAGAUUCAACAAAGAAGUGUUA